CAAAGAUAACAUUGGCAAAGCUUGGCCCUAAUUGUGUCAUGUAUACUACUGAUAAUUUAUCUUUCAACAUUCUAGUGUGCUGUAAAACGUGCCCUUCUAUCAGUACUACUUCUGAAGGAACGCAGUUGACAAGUAGGCGGUGACGUAGUGCACACGUGCUCGGAAGUAAGCAAGGAAAACGUCAUGUCUUUCUCUGGCGAGCUGUUUGUCUGGUGAUAGCACUGGCUUCGUAUUGGAAAUUAUAUUUUGUGAGUACUUAUCAUGGAAACUGACAAAACGUGUUUGUGCUGUUCGCUCAUCUAAGACGAACCGUUUGCAAGUGAAGUGCGCGAGCGUCAAGAUAGAGUGGUGCAGGUGCACGAGUCAACACGCACAUGCAACGUCUGCAGUGAGCAUUUAGCACUACAUUAUUUAGCUAUAACCUCGAAAGUUUACCAGCUACUUUAAAAAAAAAACGUUAGCAAGUUACCUGGCUAGCUACUGCAGUAUAUAACUAUACUGUAGACACAUUUUGUAGUGGUCAUGAAUGAAAACCACUCAUUCAUAUUGUGAGGAGAGGAGUAGGCCUACCCGACACAAUAUUGCAUGUCAGCAACAUGGCAUUCACCAGCCUUUUUUCAAGUCUUCCAAACAAAGAAUUUGACACGACGCCUUGUGAGCCGAUCGAGGGAUUUCAAAGGGAUGAAAGACAACUGGAAACAGUUCAACUGGAGAAGAAGAACGAAAGGGAUGCCCAGUCCAGAAAGUGGCCAUUGCAAAGGGGUCAACAGAGUGGCCCCAGGAAGAGGAAAAAGGGGGACCAACAGGAGCAGUGUGGCCAGGCCAAGAAAAGUAAGCUUCAUAAAUGCCCACCACAAUCCUAUAAAGACUUUGACUCUGUGGCCCGAGACUACAACACAGUGAAGUGUGAUUUCGAGCAACCAGGCUUUGACUUCAGUAGAGACCUGGACUUCUACAAUGAUAGCAAGGAGGGUGCAUCCCCAGGUCAUGCUACAGAGAAGUCUGGUUGGAAGAACAUGAGGCCCGGAGAAGCCAAGGAUCCUGAUCAGAAGGAUGUUCAAGGUGUAAACAAGAAGAAAGGACAGGAGCAGAAGAGGCAGCAAUGGGAGCCUCAGCAGCAGAGACUUGACAACCAGGCCAGAGGCAGAGGGGGAAACUCUGCCAGGAGGGGUGGGGAUUUUACUGGAAUGGGUGGACGCGGAACUGACCAGCCCAGAGACUUCUCCAACAGGGGUGGAGGUGGUUCCAACAGGGGUGGAGGUGGUUCCAACAGGGGUGGAGGUGGUUCCAACAGGGGUGGAGGUGGUUCCAACAGGGGUGGAGGUGGUUCCAACAGGGGUGGAGGUGGUUCCAACAGGGGUGGAGGUGGUUCCAACAGGGGUCGAGAGUGGAGCAAUAGAGGCCGGGACUGUGACAAGAGGGGCAGUUUUCUCCGAAGAGGUGAUUGGUCAAAGCGAGGCACUGACCGGUCACGUAGUGGUGGACGACAGUUCCCAGAUGAUGGACGUUUAACACUGGAAACUUUGACAGGAAAUGGGAAGAAGAACAUGACAAAGGAAUUCAAAGACCAGAAUGCUUUGGAGAUUGACGGAAGGUUAAUCUGUCGACAUUUCCUCAGGGGAAAUUGCAUCAAGGGCGAUGACUGCCAGCUAGAACAUGCUCUGGACGUCAACUACUCGAUCAACGAAGUGUGUAAAUUCUACGUCCAGGGAUCCUGUUCGAAAGGAGAGAGCUGCAUAUACAUGCACAAGAGUUUCCCCUGCAAGUUCUUCCAUACUUACGAGAAGUGCUGCCAAGGAGACCAGUGCAGGUUUUCCCAUGAACCCCUGACUGAGCUCACCAAACAGCUACUGGAGGCAGCAUUGAAGAGGGACAAGGACAUAGAGGAACUGGCUAAAAAGGACAAGCCAAUCAGCAUGGAGGAGUCAGUGGUCACAAAGGAGUCGGCGACAGCUGACGAGACAAAGCCUGUCAUUGACAUAUUCCUGAAUCCCCUAAGGCCAAACUUUUACAACAGCUCAUGCCCCUCUGAGCCACAUGCUGAGGAAAGUACCCCCGUGUGUCAGAAUGAAGUGUCAGCUGAGGUUGUGGAGAAGGAAAUUGCCCCUCCUACAGAGUCCAUUCGGUCUCCUGAUCCUCCCCCAAGCUCUCCUGGCUUUAAGGAACCGGUUUCUUAUUCAGUUGAGGCGGUUCUUGGGUCCCAUAGGCCCCUGGAAAAACCCUUCCGCAGCUUCUUGGCAGCCUCUAUCAGCCAGACCUCACAGACCCAACCAGAUCCCCCCACAACUACAUUAGUUCCUCCAGACUCUAUCCACCCUCGUGAUCCACCCCUAAACUCUACAUGCGGCAAGAGAAAUGUUCCUUAUUCAGUCAAAGCUGUGCUUGGAUUCCAGAAGCCUGUAGAAAAACCCGUCUGCAGCCAAUUUUCAGGAUCCAUCAACCAGACCUUCACCCCCCCCACACAGAUCCAUUCAGAUCCCCCCAGCACUACAUUAGUUUCUCCAGACCCCAUUAGUUUGUCUUUUCCUCGUCUAAAUAAGAGGCAGGCUUCUUAUUCAGUUGAGGCUUUCUCAACGGCCCAGAAGCCGGUGAAAAAAACCUUUUGCAGUCUCUUUGCAGGACCGAUCAGCCAGACCUCUACUAGACCUCUCAUACAGAACUCUGUUAAUUCUCCCAUCAACACCCCAGGCUGUAAGAGACCAGCUUCUUAUUCAGUUAAGGCUGUUCUAAAGUCCCACCAGCCUGUGGAAAACCCCUCCCGCAGCCUUGUUGCAGGCCCCAUCACCCAGUCCUCUCGCCACUCUGAUAUACAGACCCAACUAGAUCGUCCUAGCACUACAUUAAAUCCUCCAGACUCCAUUAUGCCCCCCGAUCCUCCUUCAGGCUAUAAGAGGCUGGCUUAUAAUUCAGCUAAAGCUGUGCUUGGUUCUCCUAAACCUUUGAAACCAUCCUUCAGCAGCCUCUUUGCAGGCCCCAUCAGCCAGACCUCUCCCCAACCUCCCACACAGACCCAAGCAGAUUCCUCUAGCGCUACAUUUGGUCCUUCAGACUCUGCUCCUCCUGCAGGCUGUAAAAGGCCGGCUUCGUAUUCUGUUACGGCUGUGCUUGAGACCUAUAAGCCUGUGGAAAACCCCUUCCACAGCCGUCUUGCAGGAACCAUCAGCCAGACCACUCCCGACCCUCCCUCACAGUCCCUAAACUCCCCAGGUUGUAAGGCACCAGCUUCUAAAAAGCCCAUGGAAAAACCCUUCCGUAGCUUCUUUGAAGGCCCCAUCAGCCAGACACCCACUAACCACCCUCCCAGACAGACCCAACCAAAUCCCCCCAUCACUGCAUUUGGUCCUCCAGACCCCAUUCGGUCUUCUGAGCCUCUUCCAGUCUGCAAGAGACGGACAUCCUCAGUUGAGGCUGUCAGUGAGACCCAGAAGUCCAUGGAAAAACCAUUUCGUAGGCUCUUUGCCGGCCCCCUCACACAGACCUCUACUGCCGGCCAUCCAACACAGACCCAACCAGAUCCCCCUAGAAAUUUCACUGGUAAAAGACCAGCUUAUCAUUCACUUGAGGCUAUGCUUGAGACUCAGAAGCCAGUGGGAAAACCCUUUCGAAGCCUUUUUGCAGGCCCCAUCAGCCAGACAACCCACCCUGACCCUCCAACACAGACCCGGCCGUAUCCGCCCAUAGUCGAGCCUAAACAGGAGGAGCCUGACCCAACACCAUUCACCGAGCCGUCCACAACCCAUUCUGUUCUGAGGACCCUCUUCCUACGCUUGAGCCCAUGCCGCCAGGAGGGGGAGCCGGAAAUCAGUAACAGCUGCAAAGUUCCAGGAGGCGAUGGCCUGUGUUCCAGUGAAGAUGAAAUCACCAGAGGAUCUACUUCCACAGGAGAGCAGAGCCAGAAGGUUGAUGAGCUGGAGAGUGAGCGAGAGGAGCCAGAGGAGUGCGUUCUGAGAGAUGAGCUGUUGGUAAUUCCAUUAGAACCGUUAGUGCCUUACGUGCCACUUGGUGACCCUCGCCACCAUCGCCAGGCUGAUAUCACCCUGCCACGGUCCACCUUCGUCCAGGACGUGGUGUGGUCCUUUGAAGACCUUGCCCCUCUUCCUCCCCUCUCACUCCAUCACCAGCCGUCUGUCCCUCUGGCCUCCCGCUCUUCUGAGAGAACAUCAGGUCCUGCUGUUGGACUGUCAGGUCCUGCUGUUGGACUGUCAGGUCCUGCUGUUGGACUGUCAGGUCCUGCUGUUGGACUGUCAGGUCCUGCCGUUGGACUGUCAGGUCCUGCCGUUGGACUGUCAGGUCCUGCCGUUGGACUGUCAGGUCCUGCCGUUGGACUGUCAGGUCCUGCCGUUGGACUGUCAGGUCCUGCCGUUGGACUGUCAGGUCCUGCCGUUGGACUGUCAGGUCCUGCCGUUGGACUGUCAGGUCCUGCCGUUGGACUGUCAGGUCCUGCCGUUGGACUGUCAGGUCCUGCCGUUGGACUGUCAGGUCCUGCCGUUGGACUGUCAGGUCCUGCCGUUGGACUGUCAGGUCCUGCCGUUGGACUGUCAGGUCCUGCCGUUGGACUGUCAGGUCCUGCCGUUGGACUGUCAGGUCCUGCCGUUGGACUGUCAGGUCCUGCCGUUGGACUGUCAGGUCCUGCCGUUGGACUGUCAGGUCCUGCCGUUGGACUGUCAGGUCCUGCCGUUGGACUGUCAGGUCCUGCCGUUGGACUGUCAGGUCCUGCCGUUGGACUGUCAGGUCCUGCCGUUGGACUGUCAGGUCCUGCCGUUGGACUGUCAGGUCCUGCCGUUGGACUGUCAGGUCCUGCCGUUGGACUGUCAGGUCCUGCCGUUGGACUGUCAGGUCCUGCCGUUGGACUGUCAGGUCCUGCAGGACUCAGGCCACAGACAUCCUCACAGGACUCCAACUCUCAGGAGGCUGCAGGAGAGCUUCUCAUUCCCUCCAGGAAUUCAGAUAGGAGACAGGUCCAGGUGGGUACCCCCGGCGUCCACAACCUACCAAUCCAAGCGAUGGUAUGGAUCACUCGACGUAACACUGAUGUACAACCAAAGAGGCUGUCUGGACAAAUGAGGUGCAAAAGUGGCAACGUGGGUGACACAAAAACACUGAAAGACCUUUUUAAGACUUUUGACCCCACAUCAUCUCCCUUCGGACAGUAAGUGCAUUUGGACUAUGGCUCAUAUUGUAUGCACUGUCGGUCAAUGGACUACGCACCUAAAGACUUGCACAAAAACUUGUCCUUCAUAUGAAUGCUUUUGCUCUAGUGUAUUUUCCUGCUAACAGAUCAGAACAGCAAUUCAUUGCAAAAAUGAUUGUGUAAAAUGCAGGACACCAAUUAUGCUCACACACACAAAAUCCUCCUUAACUCCAUUUGAUAAAAAGUGUUACUCCCAUUGAUAUCUUUACAUAGCAACAGCUAAUGUUACUGUUGAAUUGUCAGCCUAGUCUGUCUCGGUGUGAAUUGUUUUGGGAUUUUCUUAGAUGAGGCAUGUUGAUGUUUUUACAGAAUAAAUCAUCAAUCAUGUACAUUUUUAAGGUAAAAAACUAAUUACAUUUUAUUUCAUUUUUAUUAAAGGAGAAAGUAACCUAUUUGUAACAAUAACCUAGUAAACUAGUAACAACUAA